CGGAUCUUGCCAGGCAGCUGCAAGACGGACUCAGAGCUCGAGGCAAGGGCUCCUUUCGCUUCCCGCGGCCAUGGAGCGGCUGACGUUGCCUCCCGGCGGCGCGCAAGCGGUGGACGAGUACCUGGAGUACCGGAGAAUUGUUGGUGAGGACGAUGGAGGAAAACUUUUUACUCCUGAAGAAUAUGAAGAAUACAAGAAAAAAGUUUUACCCAUGCGUUUACAGAACAGAUUAUUUGUGAGUUGGCGGUCACCCACAGGAAUGGAUUGCAAACUUGUUGGCCCGGAGACGCUGUGCUUUUGCACACAUAGGUAUAAGCAGCACAAAACUGACUUUGAAACGAUUCCUCAGCAGCGUCCCAUUGAUCUGCCCUGCCGAGUGAGCGGUUGCCGGUGCAAGGCUUACCACUAUGUCCCUCUGAAUGGUACCCAGCCUAUUCGCUGCAGGUGCAAACACUUUGCUGAUCAGCACAGCCCUGCCCAUGGCUUCACAUGCAAUGCGUGCUCCAAGUGUUCAGGAUUCCACAGCUGCUUCACUUGUGCCUGUGGCCAGCCCGCAUAUGCCCACGAGACUGUGGUGGAAACCAGGCAAGAGAGGCUGGCCCAGGGAAAACCUGUAGGACAGGAUGUUCCUUAUGCGGCAAUGGGAGGUUUAACUGGUUUCAGCUCACUGGCAGAAGGCUACAUGCGCUUAGAUGACAGUGGCAUCGGGGCACCCUCGGUUGACGUUUUGGACUCUCCGGUUUCAGUCAUGGACCAUCCAUUCCUAAGAGCCAUGCAGCUGCCAUCUACUUCUUCUCCACAACCACUAGCAGUAGGUCCAAGCACUCAGAUUUCUUCCUUAAGGAAACCUGAAGAGGAUGACAUGGCUUACUUUGAAAGACAAUACCAGGAAAGGAUCAAAAUGGAAAAGGCUGCUAAGAAAGGAAAAGCGCUGCCGCCGCCAAGCACGCAGCCUUCCUGAAGUCGGCUGGACAGACCGAGCCGCCAUCCAGAUGCAUCUUGUAUUUAUUUAAGUUUACUUUCUCUCACUCUGUGUACUUUCUUACUGUGUAAAUAUGUCCUUUUGAGUUUUGCUUAGCUUAUUGAAACAAGUGAAAUGAUUUUUUUUUGUCAGAAUUCCUGACUUAAGCACUUUAUAUGCCUGUCUAAGGUAGUCUAUGGGUAGCCCAGACGGGCUUUGAAAUCACAGUACUCCCGCCUCAGCAUGUGUGUGCUUUCUCUCUCCCUUAGCAACUUUAUAUGUUCCAUGUGAUUCAAGCCCUGAAAGAGCUGUAAAUAUUUUUAGUUUAUCAUAAUUUAACUUUUGUAGUCUAAGCAAAAAAUUAAGGGGAUUAUUAAAGGUUUUAAACAAA